AUGGACUCGUACUCAAUGACGCAUCCUAAUAAGUAUGAAAUUUGUUUAGCAAAGGAAAGCCACGACGAUAAUGCUGAAUUAAUUUUGAUUAUUGGAAUCCCAAGUGUGAGCAUUACGAUUUGUUGUAUUGCGUUUUUCAUUUGCUGUUUCAAAUGCGCCAGGCUUAAAUUGGCAGCCCUUAAACUGCGUGCCGGAGCUGAACAAGGUGGAGAUGAUCGACAAUCAAUUCGUGGAAUGCUUGAAAAACGACGUCGUGGAUUCUUUAAGAGAAGAGACACAUUUUCCAAAUUUGAUAUUGAAAAAUACCCACCGUAUGCCACUGCAAAUAACUAUACAGAUAUGCAAGAUUUGGCAAAUAUUAAUAACAAAGAUGUAUGGGAAAUUGAUUCAAAAAACUUAUUGGUUCAAGAGGAAUGUCUACUAGGAAAUGGAGCAUUUGCCAAUGUUUUUAAAGGAGUUCUGAAAGGAAAAGCUCCUCUUCUUGUUGUAAACAACAGUUUGAAACUUGUUAUUGAAUCCGAAAGAGAUGGGCAUUAUGAGGUCGCUGUCAAAAAAAUGCCACCGCACGCUGAUGAUCAAAACAGAUUGGACUUUUUCCAUGAAAUAGAAUUUAUGAAGCGACUUGGCCAUCAUCCGCAUGUUAUAAGCAUGCUUGGAUGUGUCUCUAACACCUAUGAUCCAAUGAUUGUUGUCGAAUAUUGCGAGCGUGGAGAUUUAUUGAAAUUCUUGCGGUUACAUAAAGAACAUAUAAUAUUGAACAAAACAGAGCAAUGUCCGAUUGACGCAGAUAUUUGCCUUAGAAUUAAAGAUUUAGUAUCAAUUGCUUGGCAAAUUGCGGAUGGAAUGGCAUAUUUAUCUUCUAAAAAUUUCAUUCAUCGCGAUUUGGCUGCCCGAAAUGUGCUUUUAACAAAAAGUCUUACAGCUAAAAUUAGUGAUUUCGGGCUAUGUCGUUGUAUGGAUUCAUCGCUCUACACUGCAAAAGGUGGUCGACUUCCAAUUAAAUGGAUGUCGAUUGAAGCCUUGAAAUUUUACGAAUUCUCAAUUAAAAGUGAUGUAUGGUCUUAUGGAGUUUUGCUGUUCGAAAUAUUUUCACUUGGCGAUAUUCCUUAUCCAACCGUUCAACAAAUGGAACUGCUUGAUCAUCUUUUGAAAGGAAAUCGACUUCCGCAGCCACAAAAAUGUCCGAACGAAAUAUUCGAGAUGAUGAAGACUUGCUGGGAAGAAAAGCCAGAGAAACGACCAGAUUUUAAUGAUAUUCGAACAGAAUUAACUGGUCUACUUAAUUUGGAUGACGAGAGCUACGGAUACUUAAAUCUUGAAUCAGAUGACGGCCACAGAAAAGUAACAACAUUCACUCUCCAAAGCCUUUCUAUCACGGAAGAGGAAGAAGAAUGUCCGGAAAAUGAAGACAAUAAUGACGGUGAAAACAUAUGCAAAAAAUUAGACCAAGUGAUGAGUGAAAAGUUUGGCGAGGAGCAAGCAUCAGAGAUCAAGAAAGUGUUUUGUGAAUUCUUCCCGUCCCAAAAUAGUCUCCGGAAUUCGAUAAGUCUGACAACGUUUGUUGAUGACGCAACUUUGACAGAUCAAUAA